AUGGCGCGCCGGGUCCGAAAGACGCCGUGGAGCCGCACGGGAUGCAGUGAUGGCCAAAAGCCGAGGUGUCAGACAUGCCUGCGACUGGGCCUCGAAUGCGUGCAGUUCGACAUCUUCUGUCCCAUCAACGUCGUUACACCGACUCGCGAUUCCCGGCCGUCCAGAGCGGUGACAGACGCCGCCGACCCAGAGCCAGAUCCGGACGAAUCGAAUCUCUCGAGCCCGGCAUCGACAUCGUCGGGGUCUUCCGGCAGCACAGCAGACGAUGCGGCAGAGUCGAGCGGCGAACAGGCCGAGUGGCACGACGGCUCCUCGGCGCUGAUUCCGUCGAGUGCUCGGAGGCUCUCGCAGUCGUCGUCGUCGUCGUCGUCAUCGCAGUCGCAGUCACAGUAUGAGUCGCAGUUUCAGCUACAACCACCGCACCAGCGGCAUCACCAGACGGCCCUGCGGACUCGCGACGGCGGCUCACGGGACGGGCCGCUGAUGCCGUCGCUGUCGGCCUUUUCCUACCUGUCUACGAGCGAAUACUUCUUCCUGCAGUACUACCUGGAGCGGCUGAGCAACGUGCUGGUCAACGCAAACAGCCACACCAACCCGCUCAAGUCGCUGAUCCUGCCGCGCAUCGCCUCGUCGAACCUGCUGCUCGACGCCAUCUGUGCCACGGCCGCCGUGCACCGGGCGAGUGCCAACGACGUCGACCGGUCUGAAUACGCAACCAUGGCGACGCGGUAUUACGUCCGCGUGCUGUCGGCGGUGCGGGACUUGAUUCCGCGGGUGACGAAUAGUUCGAGCGGUGGCUCCAGCAGCCCUGGGUCUAGCAGAAGAAGAGAGCUGAUAACUGAUGGCGGAGAAUCAAGUCCCGUCGAGGGCGAGAGCAGCGGUGACUACAAUAACAGCAACAGUAAAGGCCAUGGCGGCACAAAGAACAAGAGCAGGAGGAAGGUGAUUAUCGAGGACAAAGACACGGCCGAGAUGGCCAUUCUAGCGUCCAUCUUCCUCUGCAAGUACGAGAUUAUCAAGGACGGCGUGGAAAACUGGCGCUUCCACCUGCGUGGUAUCGAGUCUCUGUGCCAGUCGCUGAACCCGGAGCAGGCAGCUUCCAUGUCGAAUACGCUGGCCUACGUCCGUAGUUUCAUGUCGUAUCAUAAAAAUAUAGCUCGCGUCACCGAGUACUCGCCGCAGGUUAGAGAGGAAGAGUUUGAGCACGAGCCCUUUGAGAUUGGCGCGCUGUUUCCGGUCGACCCGUACAUGGGCUUCUCCCAGAGCCUCAUCAUUCUUCUCGGUCGGGUCAACGACCUCCUCGUGAUCAACAUACGGGACGAACCGUAUAAAGUGAGACAGGAAGUGGAGGCAAUAUUGAACCUGCUCGCCAGGAGAAGCUGGAGUGCGGAUCGAUUCGCCAUUCCUGAGGGCAUGGGUCCCUCGACGAUUGAAAACUCGUCACAUAUUGCUGAGGCGUACCGAUGUGCCGUCAUUGCGUGUAUCCAUGCCGUGCUCGAAAUUCUGGAGAAGAGGGAGAGAGACGGCGCCGUUUAUUCCCCACCGAUGCCAAUGGAGCUGUCCUUCCAAACGCAAUUGCAAUUGCAAUCACAAUCCACAAUCCCCAUCCCCAUAGACUGGGCAUCCCUGCAUGCCCUUUUGCCCGUAGAAAAGCCCGAGGCUUUGACUGACUGUCUGGCGGCGGUGGCGCGAGUCCCGCUUGGAUGUCCGGAAGAGGCCGGUCUGCUUCCGCUGCUCUUCAUUGUCGCGUGCGAGACGGAGCGGCAGGACCAGGCAAAGGAGGCGCUGCUGCGAGUGGAAGCGUUGGGGAGCCACAUUGGGCUUGGAAAUGUGAAGUGCGCGAGCAUGUUGUUGAAGCAGGUGUGGAUUAGAAAGUCGCAACAGCAAGACUUUCAUGACUGGCGGGGGUUGUUGGCCAAGGUGAAGUGGGAUCUCAUUAUUACUUGAGAUGAUGGAGAGACGAGUAUUCGAUGAGGGGUGAUGAUUGCUGAGAGGUCCAGGUCGAUUGAGAGGUGAUGACCAAUUGAGAGACCAUUGCCGAUUGUGAGAUGAUCACCCAUUGGGAGAUGAUCCAUUGAGUGAUGAUCCAUUGAGUGAUGAUCUAUUGAGAGACCAUAUCCAAUGGAGAGGACCAUACCCAAUGGGGAGAUCACCUAUUGAGAGAUGAUGACCAGUUGAGAGACCAUUGUCGAUUGUGAGAUCAUCACCAAUGGACAGACCAUUGAGAGAUGAUCCAUUGAGAGAUCACCCAUUGAGACCAUCGCCGACUGAGAGAUCAUCACCCAUUGAGAGAUCGUUUGAGAGACCAUCAUCCAUUCAGAGAGAGACACUCCCAUGACCGAAAGAAAUGGCGUAUUUCCAAUCUAAAAUGAUGUGUUUCUUCUCCUCUCUUUUCUUAUUCCAUUUUCCUUUGUCAUCUUUUCUUUUGGCCCAUUUCUUUUUCUCUUUUCAUCUUCUUUAGCCUGUUUUUUCGUUGUCGUUUCGGUAUUCUCGCGCCGUGGGAUUGUGUCAUUUUGACUUGGUAUGGGAAACAUGACGGGAACGAUGGCGCCCUAGCUAUAGUAUAGUAUAACCAAAACUAGUAAUUUUGUG